AAUACGACCUUCGCAAUGGCUGCGGACAAAGAUGCCCUCGCUACGGACGCUAUGAGUAAAGCUAUCAACAGUACCGAGACGUGGCACGCCUUUCUACCUUCAGAGCCUCGAGACAUCCUUCUAUUACCGUUUCGCGUUGUCUAUCAUGCGGAGGUGUUUAUAAUUACAUUACCGCGUCAACUUAUCCGCUUUGUUGGCCUGGAUGUUGCAUUUUCCUCGGCCCUAGACGGCUUCGCUCGGGUUUUUGGUAUCGGAGGCGGAGAUGUGGCCGGUGAUGAUGCUGCGGCUGCGGCAGCCGUUAUUGCUGCUAUGACUGGUACCAGUGCGAACGGAGCACUCUCAGGCGAUGCUGCAGCAGGCUCUGCUGCUUCGACGGAGGCCGCCUCCGGGUUCAGCAUGGGAGGCUUCAUACCUUCGCUGAAGAAAUUUGGAGGAUUCUUCAACUACAUGACUACAAGGUGGUCCCUGGCAUGUUUUGUAGUGUGGCAUACAACCCUUAUUCUCCGUAUUAUCCCAAUCGUCCUGUUUGCUACACAGAUUCUAAAGCUCCUCCGCGCCAUUCGCUGCCAGACUUCCCCACAAUACUCUAUAUUCCGGUAUGACCAACCAGGGAAACAAUCAAGGCUAGACUAUGCUGGUGAAGGAGGAUUUUUAUAUCACCUAAGUUCGUCUUUAUUGCAAUGGGAGGCGGAGCAGUCAUCAUGCAGCGCAACUUUUACGUCCCCAGGACCUGGUGUCACGUAUGGCUCAUUUUCUCUCCUGUGGCCGGCAUUUCUCCGACUGUGUUUUGGCCAUUUCAUUGAUACAUUAUCUGCCGCACUUCAAGGGAAACCUCUUGCUACGGAGGGCGGUAUGUCCAUAUUUGAACUUUCCCUUGCAUUUGCAGAGGCGGAGAUCCAAAUUGUUCGAUCAGUUGGAUUAGAAUUCCUCGGAAUCACCAAAUCUACAGCCAGCGUGUCAGUCGAGGGUGCCGCCACUGGGGAUGGAGCAUCGACCGUUCCAUUAUUCUCAAAAGAACGUGUCCUAGAACGACUUAACGUCACUCCCGAACUGCUAGUUAUUGCGCUGCUAGCAUGCUGCAAUAGUCUAGCGACGAACCUUUUAGACGUCUUUGGAAAACAGAGCCAGUAUCGGCUCAUCAACACCACUGUAUGGGGACUAUCAUUCAUGGGAUUCAUGGUCUGGAGUUUCCUCAGAUCAUAUCUAGACGGCAAUCACGCUGGCCUAUUGAAUUUUCCCACAGUCUGUAUCGUGGGAUUUGUUCCUCAUCUUCUCAUGUUACUAGGCAUAUUGACGUGCCUAGCAAUAUACACUAUUGCCCUUCUUUUGACAGCGUACUCUCUUCCAUCCAACCUUCCGCGUCCCAACUCAUUUCGUGAGCGCCUUGCUAUUGCCCAUGGUAACAUGCAAAGUUCCACCCAGAUCCAGAAUACCCGGUUCCAGAUGCAUGAUGAUUUCUAUGCCACUCUUGUUAGGGUAGGGUAUGCCGCCUUAUCCGCUGCUAGUGACGCGGUUUUUCUAAACGAAGGGAAGAGUGUAAAAGUACGCAAAAUGACAUGGUUGGAAGAGGAUAGGCUUGCAGAGUUUACAUCUCGAAGGGAUCAAAGCAGCCAGGAAUGCCUUCCGCGGGGCGAUGACGUCCAACUUGAUGAGAACUUUGACUUCGCUAUUCCUAAUCACCCAAGACAAUGGGAAAGUGGGUAUGGCAAAGAGAAAAAGCUUGAAAGGACGCAAUCCAGCUCUCAGGCAAUGAAGAAACAAUCUGGAUUGGGGAAUGUAGGAGCAUUUCGGGGGCCAACUAGGUGUUAUCAUGGCUUUGCAUUUUUCAAAGCAAUUUUCUAUAUGCUGGCAGGAUGGUGGGCGUUUGGGCUGGUAAGACUAUUGGACCACUUUAAGCUACCACUAAAACCACAAUGGCUGGUGCAUCUUGCGGGCGUUCGACAACAGUCUAGCAGUACAAAUGAAGUGGCAAUCCGCCCACCGCUAGAUUUCUGGAUUUUGACGGAUGAAGGCGUCCUGGAGCUGCCGGAAACAGACGACUUCGACGUGGAAAAGGAAAUGAGAAAAAGGGAGAUGAUGGUUAGCGAGUCAUGGGGCGAAUCGCAGGAGGAGCAUCUCGACAACAAACUUUACAACUGGUGGAAGGUUGGUGGCUCCUGGGGAAAUCAAGAUAUGACGGAGGAUUAUUCUCCCCCGCCCCAGGACUGGGAUACAACAAGUGUAGCAUCUACAUCAACAGCUGAAGAAACCGAAUGGGAGUCCUGCGACUCUGAUGGCCGACGGACGCCAACCCCCAGCAACCCCUUCCCGGGUUUAUCGAGAGUGCCAGAGGAGAGGAUUGACAUGACAUCCUUAGCGCGCCUGCUUGACCCCAAGGAUAUGGAGACCAGAGAUGAGGCCCGCAUAUUAUCUGCGCACAUCCUAGCUUCAAGCGAAGGCAAGAUAAUGACACGGCGCCGUUUCCGACAACAGUUGGAUGUAGAGCGCGCGAGAAUCCUGACUUCAUCGAAUGCAUGUUGGCCAGCAGAGAGCCGGCGGUCAAGCCGUCCUACGAUGGAAGAGGAAUUGGAAAUCUUGGAGAACCUGAUUCUUGAACGAAGGCAAGGCACUAGCCAAAAUAAUAUUCCCCCUCUCACGUCAGAAAACUCGCAGACUUGGGCUACCGGCGCCUCGGGCCUCGGGCCAGAUGGACCGCAAUGUGUCAUAUGUCAGGCCUCCCCAAGAGCUAUCAUAACAUGGCCAUGUCGCUGUCUUUGCAUAUGCGAAGAUUGCAGGAUAAGUCUUGCCAUGAAUAAUUUCAGCAGCUGUGUGACAUGCCGUCAAGAAGUCACUGGUUUUGUCCGUCUAUGGGUUCCGUAG